UGGUAUUCCAAAGGAUUGAACAAAAAAAAGAAGGCAUUUGCCUAAUCAUCACGAUUCUGGAAUACCAAGUCUUGUAUUGAAUGACCUUUGUGAGGCACACACAUGUCGUUGGAGUCUAACCGUACACUACAGAUAUUCACUGCAUACCCGUGCGCUAACAUUCUGCAUAAGCCAUCAUCCAUCAUCUUGUUCCACUACCCCGCAAUCGAGGAGUCCGGGUCUCGCUUCCAGGUGCCACGAUUCGCCUUCCAGUUUGUUGACUUUGGGUCCCUCGUUGAAGUAAACGGACAAUGGCGAUCUUAAUUCGUCAAGAUCCGGAAAUGGUUCCCCGAGUCGCCAACAAAGAUGUUCGGUGACCUACCCCGCGUGGGCAUGGGUGAUGCCGAGGCAGUGGAAUGACGCCAGAAGUACUGGACGUGCCCAACAUCAAGAAUCGCUUGGAAGAAAGGUCUCUUUCUCUCUUUCAACCUCAUGUUUCUUGACAAUCCGGCACAAUGAGGUCGGUGGUAUACUCUAUCAUUGCGGCUCUGCUCGCUUACCAGUUCUACGCCCUAGGCCCUCUGAUUCAACGUGCAGUGACUGUUCUGGGCGUUUUCCGAAGCUAUCCUGCGGGUGACAUAGGCACCACGCAGCAAGUGACCUCUAUUCCUGACACAACGCAUUGCGAGGAUCUUCACCAUCAUGUUCCGAGCGGUCUCCUCUUCACAGCCUGCGAAGAUGAUCCUAGUACGCGGUUUCAGUGGUUUCCCCCGCUUGGAAACUUGGAUAAUCCCAAGCUGGCCGCAGAGAACAGAGGUUCCAUCCAUGUGAUUGAUCCCAAGGGUCUUGAAUCACGACGGCUCAAGUUCGAAAACUUUGACGGUGCUUUCAUCACCCACGGCAUUGAUGUAAUCGACGACCCCGAAUUGCCCACUGGUCAGGCCGUCUACAUUUUUGCCAUCAACCACCUUCCUGACCCCACCCCUACCGCGGAAGGCGAAGAGGCAAAGGCAAGGUCCCAAAUCGAACUCUUCCACCACAAGAUCGGCACGAACACGAUCAGACAUAUCCGGUCUGUUUGGCACCCUCUGAUCCGGACGCCAAAUGACGUCUAUGCCACCAGCCCGACUUCUGUCUAUGCCACGAACGAUCAUUACUACACCGGCCAUAGCAUCAUGCGCAUGUUGGAGGAUGUCUAUUACGGAGCCAAGUGGACAGAUACUGUGCAUAUCAAGCUCGAUUCCUUGAGCCCAGUCAAGACAUCAGACGCUGGUCUAAGUGCCAGUGUAGCCCUCGCCGGAGUUCACAACAACAACGGUCUUGGCCACGGCCGGACCGAAGACGAGAUCUUGAUCGCACAAGCAGCUAGCGGCACCCUUCACAUUGCUCAGCUCCCACCCAAGGGUAGCUCAAACUACAACAUUACCAUUUUGGACACGCUCGAGGUUGACUCUGUUGUGGACAACCCCAGCUACUUCAAGGACCCUCUUGCCACAGGCCCCUCGGAUGACCGCAGUGGUUUCUUGUUGCCAGGCAUCUCAAAGGCUGCCACUCUCGCCGAGACUUCCAGAGACCCAGCUGGCAAGGACCCUGUCAAAGUCUUCUAUACCAAGCCUUCAGCAGGUGUGAAGGCGCAGCAGUGGGAGACAAGGGUGAUCUUUGAGGAUGACAGCAGCAGGAUCAGGAGCGCAAGUGCUGCUGUCCUCAUCUCUCUCGGCAAGAGCAAGGCGCGGUUGUUUGUUACGGGAUUUGUCUCGGCCAACGUUAUUGCUCUUGAUGCAGACCUAUAGGAGGGUCACUGCAAGACGAAAUCUGUAUGUUUAUUUGCAUCCCAAGUUACAUGAGACGGUCAUGUGUGUUGGCAACCCUAACGAAAACGUAUUCUAUGCGUUGUAUGCGGCUCCUAUGUCGAGUAUUGCUCAUGUGCGCUAUUUCCCUCCAAGAAAACAUCUCAAAUCAGUAGCCCGAUUAGCUCAGCUGGUUAGAGCGUCGUACUAAUACUGGAAACAGUACCAAGUAAUGCGAAGGUCAACAGUUCAAUCCUGUUAUUGGGCAUCCGCUUUUGUUUCUUUUUCCAUCUCCAUUACCAUAUAUUCACCUUUUACCCUCAUUGUAUCUGGCAAACCUAGAUUUCCUCCUCCCAAAGAUCAUACUCCUCAAAGUAUCGAUCAUGAAUCCUCCUCGCGUACUCCACCAACGUGGGAUAACCCCUCACCAACCUCCCCGUCUCAGGAGCAGCGCUGCAUAUUGCCGUCAGCCAUAUCUAUCCAGUUCAAUGACACGGAGCGAAACUCACCUGCUACACAUCAACCUCCCCGCAACCAUGCCAUACAAAGUGCAAUCCGCUUCCGUGGGCCCCUCCCCUCCCAAGACCCAAAACGGCUUAUCGUCACCAUUAUCCCCUUUCCCCCUCCUCCGGGCUAGAGUUUUAUUCCUCCCCUCCACAACAAAAGCAUUUAUAGCUUCCCACACCUCCUCCUUCAACACCCUCACCUCGUCAGAAGAGUACCUCCCUGUCCCCUGCCCAUAGAGCGUCCGGAUGAUAUCCUUGUAAAUCUUCCCCCCUAUAAGCCAUUGCAUCACCCAUGGCAGACCCGCUCCUCCCUGACCGAGAAUUCCUUCUCUCAUGGGGUAGUAGUUGUCGACCCAUUGCUCGCGGGUGUUGAAGAACUGGAGUUUAUCUUCCAGUAGUGCUCUAAUGGACAGGUCAAGGGCUUUUUCUGCCGGGGAAAGGGCAGAGUUGAGGUCGGGGAGGAGGUGGUCGGAUAUAAGC